AGCAUGGCCACUGACAGACAAGUGGUGUAGGUCUGCACCUGGGAACAGAAUCCAGGCCACUGAAGCAGAGUGUGCCAAACUUAACCACUAGGCCACAGGGGCUGGCCCUCCUCCUUCCUUUUUAAUGAGUGCUUUUGAAAUAAGCAUCCUACCCCCAGUAUUGGUUGUAUUUAUGCUAUGGAAAAAGGGGAGGUAAUAUGAUCUGAUAUUGUAUUGAUUGAGAUAGUGUAAUAGUGAUUGUUCAUUUAAGCAUGCAAUAAAGACUCCUCUUGUAAAGCAACUUUUUUUUGAGAGUGAAGAUUCUUUAAAAAAGGAAAGAAGAUACGAAUGGAUUAGAUUUCCAAAUUUUUCUACAGAAGGUUCAUUUCCUUUUUUGUUAAAAUGUAAAUCUCAUGUAAACAAAAACUGGUAUGAAUCUUAUGGUAAGUUUACAUUUUUAGGGGUGUGGAGAUUUCAGCUUGCCUUUUUCUCCUUAGGUUUUGUAAAUUUAUCACCAAAUGAAUUUGGUGAUAAACUACAGAAAUGGUAGUGGCUGAGCAAGCGAAGGCAUAGGUUAAAAAAAAAGUAGUCUAACACAUGGCAAGAGCAGAAAAUGGGAAAGCCGCCUUUUUACGGGCAGGUGUGUUGUUGUUCCAAAGUAUAAUGGCAAUUCUACAACCAAAGCAAUCUACUUGCUUAAAGAAUUUAAGAGUAAUGAGACUAACUUGACAAGAGAUGAAACAGUCUAUACAAUAUCAUAAAGUACAAUGUAAGUAACAGUUACACACUAAUGCUGUUCUAUCUGCUCACAUGAGAGAAAGAUGUGCUAUCUCCCACAGAAUAAAUACUUAUAAAUUAUAUCACCUUGCUUAGAAUUCAGAUGAAAACAAGAGAAGUGACUUUAUCUUAGACUUAGUCCCUAGUUUACCUUAUUUCUGGCAUGGAAAAAGACAUUCCUUUGAAAGUCCAGAGUGUCUUUACCCUAGUCUUUUAAUUUGGUUGAGAAGAGGUAAUGUAAGUGGGGACAGGAAAAAAAGGUGGCAACUAAAUUUAAAGAGAGGAAUCAUUCUGGCUAUGAGAAGAAGGGUCAAAUUAAGCUGCUAGUUGAGGUAACAGCUGCCUCAUCCCUAACUGACAAUUCACGAUUUAGUCACUAAAUUGCUAAAGGGAUCAUAAGAAAUUAUGACAAUAUUUCUGUAUACAUCCUCUGCCAUGAGGAAGAUAAGAGUAGAUAAUAGGUCUGGGGAGGGGGAAUGCUUUUCUGCUCCCCUUUUUUUAAAUAUAGAUUUACGACAAGUCUUUGUGGAGAAUUUUUUAUGGAAUAUAGGAAAGGGAUCUAUUUGACAUUUUAUCCUCAGAUAUAUUGGCAGUUUUCAAACUAUCCAAAGCAAAUUGGCAGUUGCUUUUUCACUUUGUAUACUACAAGCUCCCAAGCAACAUCAUAUUUGCAAACACAGCUAUGGAUACACUGUUUGCUUUACAGUGGUUACUUGGGAAUCUACGUCUCUGUUUUUUCUUAUUUUCCCCUCCCCUCCAUUUCUUAAUCAUAUAUAACUAGUAAUAUUAAUGGUUAUAGGUUGAUUUACAAGUUCCUAAGUCUGUAACUGAUGGUUUGUAGCCUCUAGUUUGAAGCAAGAGAAGAAUGAGUAGUCAGGAACUGGUCACUUUGAACGUGGGAGGGAAGAUAUUCACAACAAGGUUUUCUACCAUAAAGCAGUUUCCUGCCUCUCGGUUGACACGAAUGUUAGAUGGCAGAGACCAAGAAUUCAAGAUGGUUGGUGGCCAAAUUUUUGUGGACAGAGAUGGUGUUUUAUUUAGUUUCAUCUUAGAUUUUUUGAGAACUCACCAGCUUUUAUUACCCACUGACUUUUCAGACUAUCUUAGGCUUCAGCGAGAGGCCCUUUUCUAUGAACUUGAUCCUCUGGUUGAUCUCUUAAAUCAAGAACACCUGCUACAGCCAAGACCUGCUCUUGUGGAAGUGCAUUUCCUAAGCCGGAACACUCAAGCUUUUUUCAGGGUGUUUGGCUCUUGCAGCAAAACAAUUGAGAUGCUAACUGGGAGGAUUACAGUGUUUAUAGAGCAACAUUCAGCACCGACCUGGAGUAGUAACUCUUUCCCUCAUCAGGUGAACUUACUUCCACUGCCUCCACAAAGACCUUCUUACCAUGACCUGGUUUUCCAGUGUGGCUCUGACAGCACUACUGAUAACCAAACUGGAGUCAGGUAUGUUUCUAUAAAACCUGAUAACCGAAAAUUGGCCAACGGAACUAAUGUCCUCGGCUUACUGAUUGACACUUUGUUAAUGGAAGGCUUUCAUCUGGUCAGCACUAGAACAGUAUCUGAAGACAAAAUUGAAUGCUAUAGCUUUGAAAGGAUAAAAAGGCCUGAAGCUCUCUCCAUGAACAAAACACUGAAACCAGAGACUACCAUCACGCCAGAGCAAUCUCAGAAAAAGAAAUGAGGUUCUCUGUUCUCUUUUAGAGAGGGAGUUCUCUUUUAGAAAGGGAAAUUGCCAUUUUCUUGUUUGGAAAUUCCAUAUUUAGGGCAUAUAUGUUAGUCAAAUAAGUACUCAGCCUAACUUUUUGCCUUUGUCUCCUAAGAUACCAUCUCUGGGCAACCACACAAUGCUUAAGCCACACUAAUUGCUUGCUGCUCUCUAAACAACACUGUACACUUGGUGCUUUGGCACAUGUUCCUUCUACGUUCAGUGCCUCUCUCCUUUUCUCUUUUUCAUGAACCUUACACAGCUUUCAAGAAUGGGCUUUGGAAUCAGACUGCUUGAUUUCUAAUCCCAACUCAGUCACUCACUAGCUAUAUGACUAGGGCAAGUCAUUUAACCUCUCUGUGCUUCAACUUCUUCAUCUGUCAAAUGGGGCUAAUAAAUAUAUCUCCCUUAUAGGAUAUGUGAGGAUUAAAGGAGAUAAUGUCAAGUACUCAAUACAUUGCCUGGCACAUGGAAGGCAUUCAGUAACUAUUAGUGAUGAUGAUGAUAUGGAGGAGGAGGAGAGGGAGGGAGGGGUUGGGAGGGGAAGGGGGAGGAGGAGGAGAUGGUGGUGGCCCACUUUCAAUUGCACUUCCUCUGUGAAGCCUUGUUUUCUUCCUUUCCCAGUCAUAUUAGUCAGACCUUUCCUCUGUAUAGACCUCUAUGCCUUCAUAAAAACAAAUUUUUCUCAUUUCAAUGUGAGCUUGACCCACUCAUCAGUUUGAACACUAGUAUGUGUAAAGCACUGGGCUAAACACUUGGUGAGAGGAAUAAUACCUUUGUUACUAAUUAGCAGCCACAUUUGAUGAAAAGCUUUUGAAUAACCUCUCCUAAUACUUGAAAUACACAUAUACUUUGACUUAGUGAUUUUUUUUUGUAGGAAUUCCUCUUAUAUUUGUGUCAUUUUAAACAUUAGGAUAAACAUCUAGAAGAGUAAUCAUUAAGUCAAAGAGCACCAAAUAUUUUGCACAUAGGAGGGUUAAAAACUAUUGAGUGGAAGCAGUUGAACAUCAUUUUAAAAAGUACAAUUAAUUCAAAAACAUCUGUUAAACAUUUGUUGGACACUAUACUAAGUUCUCAGGAUUAAAAAAUGAAUAAGAUAAAAAUCUUUACUCUCAAGGAGCUCACAUUCAAGUGAGAAAGUACCUCAUCAUAAGAGCAAAAGAUUAGAAAUAAAGUUCAUCAAUAGGGAAUGGGUAAAUUAUGGUUCAUACAAUGAAAUACUAUGCAGUCCUUAAAAAGAAUGAGAAAGCAGUUUAUAAACUGAUAAGGAUUGUGAAAUAUUUAUAAGUGAAAAAAAGCAAGGUGUAGAACAAUGUAUAAAGUAGAAAAAAUAUAUUUCCACUUCAUAUAUAUAGUUUCCAUUUGUAGAAAAAAUAUAUAUACUCAUUUUCUUACAUAUGCAUAGAAUUUUCAGCAAAGAUACACGUCACCUUUGGAGAGGGAACUGAGUGAAUGGGGUUUAGGUGUGGGAGAAG